AAGACAUCCGUCGACCUUCAUUUUCGGUGAAUUUCUCCGCGAUUUGCUCCGUUUCAGCGCCGCCGUUCGCAGCUGUUCUCCUCCGACAUGGCGAGUCAGUCUCAGGGCAUCCAGCAGCUGCUGCAGGCCGAGAAGAGAGCGGCCGAGAAGGUGGCCGAAGCCCGCAAACGUAAGAACAGACGUCUGAAGCAGGCGAAGGAAGAAGCUCAGGCUGAGAUCGAACAGUAUCGACUGCAGAGAGAGAAAGAGUUCAAGACCAAAGAGGCUGCAGCCCUCGGUUCCCACGGCAACAGCGCAGUGGAGGUGGACCGCGACACGGCUGAGCGAAUGGGUCGUAUCCAGGCCAGUUACCGCGGUAACCGGGAGGCGGUUCUGGGCGAGCUGCUGCGACGCGUCUGCGACAUCCAGCCGGAGUUUCACGCCAACUACCGUGUGGCCGGCUGAGGCGGGCGGGGUCGCGAGAAAACGGGGUGGAGCUAAUACCAGAGGGGCGGGGCAAACAGAGGAGACAUGGAUGUUAUUUUCAUUAGCUUUGAUCGCAGCCACUGUCUGUUAGUUUGUCAAGAUUUUGUUUGCUAGUCAACAAAUAAAACUGUCUAAAACUUUUAUUUUACAGGUGUAAAGUUCAUUACUUCCUGUUUUCCUGCUCCAAACAAAGAAGAGAACGUUAAUAAAUGUUGUUACUGUGUCGAUGUUUGCGAAAUAUUUAUAUAUAUCUGAAUUAAUUUUCGUUGAAUCUUUCCUCAAUCUGACAAAAUAAAAGUCUUUCUUCGCUGUUUCUCUGAGGUCGGAAAAGAAAAAACUCCGAUCAGAUGUCGGUGUAAAGUGAAAUCAGUCAAACUAAAUGGAAUCAGAUUGGUUGUUUUUCUUUUAAUUCUCUCCUCCAAUCAGGAACAGCUCAUCUGUUCUAACCUGAUUGGUUGGGGAAAAUGGAAAGGCUUUUAUUGUGACACUCUUAUGCAUUUCCAGAUUUUUUUGGUUGUUUUCGUGUGUGUGGCCAUGUGACUUCCUGUUGAUGUUUGUGACGUGAUGAAAAUAUUAAACUGAAUAUUGAUUGCC